GACGGCGAGCCUCCGUGAUAGACAAGUAACAUUUAAGUGGAUUUGAGUCUUCUGUUCAGAAGUCGAAUCUCGCCAUGCGGACUUCCACCCUUGCUGGCCUGUUCGGGCUCCUCUCCUUCGCCGAUGCUGCCAGGUACGGCUACAACCAUGUUGCUGUUCGCCAGGACUCCGAUAUCGUAGCUGCAAACUUCAAGGAUAUCGAUAUUUCUCUCCACUCGCCCGCGUUCCUUAACCCCGGGAGUCGUCUCGAAGGGUUCUCAAGGGGUUCUGAGGGCCCAACUUCCCACGAGGCCAUGGUGCUGCUGAGAAGGUUCGCAUUUGGGUUCAGGCGCAGCCAUGGGAAUGAACCAGCUGGAGAUGAGGCUCUUCUUGCUCUCCUUGGCAAAUUCGAUAACGACCCCGAAUGGGCCGCAGGCAUACUCGAGAAGGUUGAUAUCGUCAUCCUCCCGCGAUACAACCCUGACGGAGUCUAUUACUUCCAACGCGCUCUCGCAACAAAUUUUGAUCCUAACCGUGACCAUAUCAAACAAAACCGUCAGCAGACGCGCAAUAUUAAAGCCUUGCUGGCUGAAUACAACCCACACGUCAUCAUUGAUAUGCACGAGUAUGGAGCUACCACUCAGUACGGCCGGUACUAUCACGGAUCUGACGGCCUUUUCUCCGCUGCUAAAAACCUCAACAUCAACAAGAGCAUUCGCUCUUUGUCCGAGGAAGUCUUCGCCAAGAACAUCGGCAAUGAUAUGGAGGACGCUGGUCUACGGUGGGAGCCCUAUGUCACUGGGCCUUCAAGCCGUGAUCUCGACUUUGAGAUUAGCUUUACCGAGGCUGGUACUGAUGCCAAGAUUGGGCGCAACGCCAUGGGCCUUACUCAGUCUGUGACGUUCCUCAUCGAGAUGCGUGGCAUAUUCCUCGCCGAUCAGGAAUUCCAACGUCGUACAGCUGCCGGCCUCACCAUGGCAGGCAGCAUUAUUCAGACGGCAGCUGACAAUGCCAACAAAGUCUAUGAGACGGUCGAGGGUGGUCGUGCUGCCUUCAUCUCUGGCUCGGACGACAUCAUUCUCACCGACAGCACCACGACUGGGAAUCGCGAAUUCAACAUGGUCGACCACACCACUGGCGAGAUUGUUCAGGUGCCCAUCCAGUUCGUCUCCAACACUCCGGCGCAUGCCAAUCUCACUCGCUCUCGUCCCGAAGCCUACCUCAUACCGGUUGCAUGGGCGGAUCUUGCUGCUCGACUCGUUGAUGCAGGCCUAGAAGUAGAGACACUUACUGAGUCGUGGACCGGAGCUGUCGAGGCAUUGCAGAUCGAAUCUUCGCAAUUCGAAUCCGGUUACUAUGAGGGCGCCGUCCGUGCCACCGUCACGACUAGCACAAGUGAGAGAGAGCUGACGCUGCCAGCCGGCAGCUUCCGUGUCAGCACUCGGCAGAAGAACGCUGCUCUUGCUUUUGUUGCGUUGGAGCCGGAGAACAUCGACUCCUACGUCAGUUUCAAUGUUGUGCCGGUUGAAAGGGGGGACGAGUACCCUAUAUUUAGGGUUGUGUCAUAA